CUGAAAAAUGGUUACACCCACUCCUGUUCUAGUACAGAUAAGGGCGCUACCACUGUCUGGGCUUGAGGGGCGUCUACUAUCCGGAUGUGACAGCACGCUGACCCGGAAAAGGAGGGGCCGGGGCACUGGGGCCUCCACCGCGGCUAUGGAGGGAGCCGGUUACAGGGUGGUGUUUGAGAAGGGAGGCGUGUACCUGCACACCAGUGCCAAGAAGCACCAAGACCCGGACUCCCUCAUCGCCGGCGUCAUCCGUGUGGUGGAAAAGGACAAUGAUGUCCUCCUCCACUGGGCUCCUGUAGAGGAGGCCGGAGAUUCCACCCAAAUCCUCUUCUCCAAGAAGGAUGUCUGUGGGGGUGACUCCUGCACCUCUGAGGAGGAACCGACCUUUGACCCUGGCUAUGAACCUGACUGGGCCGUCAUCAGCACUGUGCGGCCACGGCCCCGCCACUCGGAGCCCACGAGAGGUGCAGAGCCCAGCUGCCCCCGGGGCUCCUGGGCCUUCUCGGUGAGUCUAGGGGAACUCAAGUCCAUCCGCCGUUCCAAGCCAGGCCUCAGCUGGGCAUACCUGGUCCUGGUCACACAGGCCGGAGGCUCCCUGCCCGCCCUGCACUUCCACCGCGGGGGCACCCGUGCCCUGCUGCGCAUCCUCAGCCGUUACCUGCUGUUGGCCAGCUCCCCGCAGGACUCCCGCCUCUACCUUGUCUUCCCCCAUGACUCGUCGGCCCUCUCCAACUCCUUCCACCACCUCCAGCUCUUUGACCAGGACAGCUCCAACGUCGUGUCUCGCUUCCUCCAGGAUCCCUACUCCACCACCUUCAGCAGCUUCUCCCGUGUGACCAACUUCUUCCGGGGAGCCCUGCAGCCACACCCGGAGGGGGCCUCCCCUGACCUGCCUCCUGCCCCCGAUGAUGAGCCUGAGCCUGGCUUUGAGGUCAUUUCUUGUGUGGAGCUGGGGCCACGGCCAGCUGUGGAGCGAGCGCCUCCGGUCACAGAGGAGGAGUGGGCCCGACACGUGGAUCCUGAGGGCCGCCUGCAGCAGGUCCCUGAGCUGAAAGCCCGCAUCUUCUCAGGGGGUCUGAGCCCCAGCCUGCGGCGCGAGGCCUGGAAGUUCCUCCUGGGAUACCUGAGCUGGGAGGGAUCCACUGAGGAGCACAAGGCCCAUGUGCGCAAGAAAACGGAUGAGUAUUUCCGCAUGAAGCUGCAGUGGAAGUCUGUGAGCCCGGAGCAGGAGAGGAGGAACUCCCUGCUGCAUGGAUACCGCAGCCUCAUCGAGAGAGAUGUGAGCCGCACUGAUCGGACAAACAAAUUCUACGAGGGCCCCGAGAACCCGGGGCUGGGGCUGCUGAACGACAUCCUCCUCACCUACUGCAUGUACCACUUUGACCUUGGUUAUGUCCAGGGCAUGAGUGACCUCCUCUCUCCGAUCCUCUACGUCACUCAGAACGAGGUGGAUGCCUUCUGGUGUUUUUGUGGCUUCAUGGAGCUCGUGCACGGGAACUUUGAGGAGAGUCAGGAGACGAUGAAGCGGCAGCUCGGGCAACUCCUGCUGCUCCUGAGGGUCCUGGACCCGCCGCUCUGCGACUUCCUAGACUCCCAAGACUCUGGCUCUCUUUGCUUCUGCUUCCGGUGGCUGCUCAUCUGGUUCAAGAGAGAAUUCCCGUUCCCGGAUGUCCUUCGACUGUGGGAGGUGCUGUGGACAGGGCUCCCCGGACCCAACCUGCACUUGCUGGUGGCCUGUGCCAUCCUGGACAUGGAACGGGACACCCUCAUGCUUUCUGGCUUCGGCUCCAAUGAGAUCCUCAAGCACAUCAACGAGCUGACCAUGAAGCUGAGCGUGGAGGACGUGCUGAUGCGGGCUGAGGCCCUCUACCGACAGCUGACCGCCUGCCGGGAGCUGCCCCACAAUGUGCAGGAGGUCCUAGGUCUGGCGCCGCCCACAGAGCCCCACAGCCCCUCGCCCCCUGGCUCCCCACUGCCGCUGUCACCCACCCGGGCCCCACCGGCUCCGCCGCCCUCUGCGGACACAGUCACGCAGCCUGACAGCAGCCUGGAGAUCCUUCCAGAGGAGGAGGAGGAGGAAAGCGCAGACUCUUAACCCUGCUGGGCGCGUUCUCAGUAUAGACACUUCAAGCUUCCGCGCCCGCGACCCGCCGCUCCCCUAGGCUGGGGAGGGGAGGUGCAAACCGGGGCGGGACUCUCCACCACGCCUUUCUCGCUCUACUCAUUGGCUGAUUUCUUGAAACUGACACUUCUAUCCAAUUGGCCUCUAGUAGGUGUAGAGGAGGCCACCACUUUGGCUUGGACCUGGAUGGGGGAGGGGGUGGCUCGUGGUCUCUGAAGAAUCUGCAGAAUCGAUGUCAGACCACUGUGACCCCGAUCCCAACAAUGAGACAUAAGGGGGGCCCCCUUGGGGUUGAGUGGGUGGGGGUUUGUGGAGGCAGGGCUCCCCUACCUGCCUGAGUUUGGGGCUUUUAGAGUGAGAAUUGGGCGUUGGAGUGCGGCCUCCACCUAGUGGCUGUGCGGAGGCACAUCCUGGGCGUAACCGAGAUGGAAGGGCCUCCAGAGCUGCUCUCUAGGCCCCUGUCUACCAGCUUCUUGUCAAGAGAAAAAUAAACUGGUGUUUAACCCAC